CAGAGACUGCACACGGGAGAGAGACCCUACAAAUGCCUGGACUGUGGGAAAAGCUUCAGUGAGAGCUCAAACUUUAUUCACCAUCAGAGAAUCCACACAGGAGAGAGACCCUAUAAAUGCCCCGAACUGCGGGAAACGCUUCAGUAACAACUCAGACCUCACGAGGCACCACCGGACCCACACGGGAGAGAGGCCUUAUGAGUGCCCGGACUGCAGGAAGAGCUUCAGCAUGAGGUUCCAUUUAGCUAGACACAAGCACGUGCACGCAAAGGAGGAGAUGGAAAGCUCCCCCCUUCUCACACAUCAGAGACUUCCGUCGGACGAGAAGCUCUGCAAAUGCCCUGACUGCGAGAGAAGGUUCAGGGACAGCAGAGGCCUCGUGACACAUCAGAGAAUCCACAUGGGGCAGAAAUGCUAUCAGUGCUCCGACUGCGGGAAAAGCUUCGGGGUGAGCUCAGCUCUUUCUGAGCACCGGAGAAUCCACGCGAACGAGAAACCCAGCAUCUGCCCGGAUUGUGGGAAAUGCUUUCUUCAGAGCUCAGAGCUGCUCCUCCACCAGAUUAGCCAUGCAGGGGGGAAGCCCUACACAUGUGAGGAGUGUGGUAAACGCUUCGCUCAGAGAUCGAAUCUCCGGGCGCACCUCAAACACCACACAGCUGAAAAGCCCCAUAAAUGCACCCAGUGUGGGAAGAGCUUUGUCAAGCACUCCAUCCUGGCCAGGCACCAGAUCACCCACACGGACCUGAAACCGUUUAAAUGCUCCGCGUGCAGCAAAAGCUUCACUCAGCUCUCCAGCCUCACGAGGCAUGAGAGGGUCCAUGAGGCAGAGAUGCUUUCCGAGCCCCCCGACUGGAUGGCAGAAAUGAACCAUACAUUCAUCGAUUCCAGCGGGCGGGCAUGGAAUUGGGCUCAAGAGUACCCAGCUGCCCGGCUGUGGGGCGAGGAGGUAGCCAUAACCAACCCCAAACUGAUCAGUGACCCUCGGCCUACACCUGGUCUGGCAAACCCCAGACAGGUCAGGGGAGACCUCAGCCAGCCCCUUUUAAGUGCUGUUGAACUGGCUGCCGAGCUACCAAGCUCUUCUGCCUCCUGCCAAGACAGUGCAUCCAUCUCUCUGGACUGAAAGAUCCCCCGUCCCCUUAACCGCUUCCCCGGGCCACCAGCCUCAGGAGCCACACUAGAGGAGGGCAUUGCAGCUGGGAUUUCCCGAGACACCCAGGGGGCAGGAUUGGGGGUGGUGGGAAGCAGAGAGGGCCAGCUGGCUGCUAGGGGUAUUAAGUGUCUGGGGACUGGGGGUUAAGGAAUCAUAGAAUAUCAGGGUUAGAAGGGACCUCAGGAAGUCAUCUAGUCCAACUCCCUGCUCAAAGCAGAGGGAGGAUGGGCAGGGUUAGGAUGCUGCAUUCCCCUCAGUUGGAGUCUCAGCAUCUCUGAAAGCCAAUCCUGAUACUUCUAAUGACCACCAUUAGUCACUUGCGCCAUCACUUCCUGGUAAAAUCUGCUGCUUUUUCCCACCCUUUGGGUGUCUUCCCCACCCUUCUUUCCAGGUGUCCCUCCCCUGCCUCUGUAUUUCUCCUUCUGUCUUCCCUCAGCAUGUCCUCUGCUGCAGCAGUUCAUGCUGCCAUUACUCCCUUUCCCCCCAUCCCCUCAGCUACAAGGACAAGCAAUGACACAGUCGGGCUGGCAUGUACAGUGCCAUAGGGAUUUAGCGUAAACCCCACCGCAAGAGGAAAGGGGGCGGGGCUUUCUGCAGACACCACUGAACCAGACUUACCUGGUGUUUGGAAGGUUCCCUUCCCUAACAAAUGAAAGCUUAGAUUCUGCAGGAUCUGGACAUGCCAGAGGAAGCACACAAACACUUCCGGCAGCUGGAUGUUUGAUACUGCUCUCUUACAUACAACGAUUAUGGUCGGUAUGGAAAUGCUUAAGCCGACAGAUAGAGGGAUGUGUAUGGAGAAAAUAGAUAAAUAGAAAAAAGACUUUCCCAGGGACCAAUAAAAGAUUGUUCCCUCUUGAAUAUUUUCUAGAGCUUGUUGGAAAGAUUGGACUCCAAGUAUAAUUUUACACCGUUAAAGAAGACCCAAGUAUCUUGCAGUGUAUGGGGGUGGAAAUGGUUGGAAAGUACUUGAGUUAAUCCAGUAGCAGGAACCUUUUUGUAGUUGAUGGGUAUCUUUCUGUUUUAUACUUUUUUAUUUUAAACUGCAGGCAUAUGUAGUUUGAGAAAGCUCCCAAGGGAAACUUUAUAAAUCAAAAUAAAAUAAUUGUAUGAUGGCUGAAAUGCUGGCACAGCUCCUUAGGGACUUAUCAAGGAAAGGUGUGUGUAUACGUGUGUACAUGUACACAAAAGAUAUACCUAUUUGAGAUGGGAAAGUAACUGAAAGUACAGUGAAAGCUUUGUUAUCUGGCAUGUUGGGGGAAUAGGAGGUGCCAGUUAAUCAAAUAUUCCAGUUAACUAAGAGUUAUACUUACAAUGGAAUACCAAUUUUCAAAGAAUUAGAAUACAAUAAAAUGAAUAAAGUAUAAAAUAGUAGACAGGUACUCACCAAUCCAGUAGUAGUACUGCACUGCAGAGUGGUUGGUUUCUUGAAGCACUUAGGUGUAUACAGGUAAAAUUUUCUAUACAGUAGGUUAUCUUAUGACACUACAUAUCACUAAGGGCAGCGGAUGGCAUACACCCAGAACACAAAAAAUCCACUUAACACUAAAACUAUACUGAAUAUAAUUUCAUCUUUCUUUGAUGAUUCAGAAGGCACUUCAGGAUCUUGCAGUGCCUCAGGAUCAUCAUUAUCAACAUAAAUUAUCAUUGUAGAUGUAGAAGGUGUAGGAAAUGGGGCUAAAUCUGUAAUGACCCUAUGACACACCCUAGAAGCUGCUUUUUUGAAUAAAUCUCUGAUAUCGCCUUGC